AUGCCAGGGUGUGGUGUAAGACCUGUUUUCGAGCAAGGAGCUCAGCAUUCCAGAAUCAUAGCGGGAACGGAGGCUGAGGUGGGUGAGUUCCCAUGGCAGGUGAGCAUUCAGUCAGGAACUCACUAUUGCGGCGGCUCUAUCCUCAGCUCACAGUGGAUCCUCACGGCUGCUCACUGCGUGUCUUCUGAGAUGCUUGUAGUGACAGACCUGAAAAUCGUGAUGGGGACCAAUGACUUAACCAGCUCAUCCCGGGAAGAAAGGAGCGUCACCAGCAUAAUUUACCCAAAGAACUUUCAAAGAGACAGCUUGGACAACGACAUCGCCUUGCUGCUGCUGUCCUCACCCAUCACAUUCAGUGACCUGGUAGUGCCCAUCUGCAUGCCCACGCUGACCAGCCCCUCCAAGUGGCAUGAGUGCUGGGUGGCAGGCUGGGGCCAGACCAAGACUGGUGACAAAUAUUCGAUGACGACGGAUAUGAUGAAAGUGCCUAUGGUCAUCAUGGAUCGGGAGAAAUGUACCAAGGUGUUUCCAAAACUCACCAAUAAUAUGCUGUGUGCUAGAUAUGAUAACAAGACUUAUGAUUCUUGCCAGGGUGACAGUGGGGGACCUCUUGUCUGCACCCAAAGUCCUGGGAAGAAGUGGUACCAGGUGGGUAUCAUCAGCUGGGGCAGGAGCUGUGGAGAGAAGAACAUCCCAGGAAUAUACACCUUGUUGGUGAACUACAUCCACUGGAUCGAUAACGUGACCCAGCAGCAGGGAAGUCCCUUGGAUUCUAAGAUCCAAGAAAAUGUCCCUAAGGAGAAACCAGCAGACUCUCGGACCUCAGAAUCCCCAGCGCCAGCACGCCUCAGGUUCUGGCUCCUGUUGUGUCUUCUGUUCUUCGGGUUCUUGUUUGGAGCCAUUUCCUGCUGAAAAUAAAACAGA